UACGAACCAUCCAUCUCCUCCUCCGUCUCCUCACAGGCCUCCGUCUUCUCCGAGUCGUGUUCCAUCUCAAGCUCAAUAGCGAGCUCCGUCUCUGACGACUUCCGACUCGGCCAUGAGGAGGCGAGGGACAAAGCCUGCGCUCAACUGCAGAUUCAAAGCCAAUUGUCUCUCGACGACACACACACUGCCGCCGCGCCAUCACAGGCCGACUGCCCCACCAAGGCAUGGGAUCCACCGGCUCCAUCGUACGCCGACGUCACCUCACUGCCGCAGGAGCAACGACAAAAUCCCCGGAGGAGUUUCGGCACAAGGAACCAGAAGCCUCCUGCACUCGUUCGACAAGAUGAUCGAAAGAGCAAUUUUGUCGAAUCACUCGUUGACUCCGCAACUCAAAUGGUUGAGGUGAUCUGGCCGCUCUCGGUCGUUCCCUGCCGAGGCGAGGCCGCCAAUGGUCGCGGCGUGCUCCCGCUACGCACCUACAUUGAAGAGACCUUGCGCCGUUCGCGGACAAGCUACUCGACGCUGCAGGUCGCGCUAUACUACCUCAUCCUGAUCAAGCCGUUUGUCCCGAAGAACGACUUCACUCACGAGCAGCAAAUGGACUGCCCGGCCAGCCGUGCGCUCAUGUGCGGCCGACGCAUGUUCCUGGCUGCACUGAUCCUAGCAUCGAAGUACUUGCAAGACCGUAACUACUCCGCCAAAGCGUGGAGCAGGAUGUCGGGCCUCAAGAUCACGGAGAUCAACACUAACGAACGAACCUUCCUCAGCAAAGUCAAUUGGAAACUGCACAUCCCCGAGCCCAUCUUCAAACGAUGGGCGGAGAUUGUGAUCAAGCACACGCCCAAUCAUCAACCGCCAUCGCCCGGGGCUCCUUUCAAUCUUUCCACAUUAUCGUGGAAGAGCAUUGUGCCGUUGCUUACCCCCGAGCUGGACACCAUCCCCAUGCCAGACACCAAAGCCCGACCGCUGUCCGAGAGCACCGACACAUUCGGCUUGGCAUCACCUACCACCCCGACGCCAACGAAGGGCGCGAUGAACUUGUUCAAAUGCGACUCGACGUCGCACGAGGGCACGCCUACACCAUUGACCGUCGUCCCCCGCUUUUUGGAGCCGCGCCCGGAUCUCGCCCCUCCUACCCCGGCACUGGCCCGCAUGGGCCCGCUGCCCACACCGUCAAUGACACCGUCAUCGGUCGCUGCGAGUACUCCUGCUGCGAGUGUUUGUAGUUCCCGACGACCCUCCAUUUGCUCGGCCAUGGCGGCAGUGCAACGAAAUGGAUUCAACCGAUGCGCCGUGGACGCCCUUCCGUUUGGCUUCAACACGAACAAGGACAAUGCGCCGUACGGAUACUUGUCACGUCGACCAUCCAUCACCAGCGCAGCCUCCUCGCGCUCCAGCCCCGAGUCGAUGAUCUCCGACCGCUCACGCACCUCGCGAGCCUCUUCCAUCUCCUCCAUCUCGACGGUCUCGUCGACUUCGUCCAUGGCGCCGAAUCGAGCUUGCUUGGCUCGACUGGCGACGUGUCGAGGCGCGAGACUGCCGCCCCCACCUGCGACGGUGGCGGAGGAGAAGGAAGGCUCGUGCGCCAAGCCCAUCGUCAUCUCCGACGACGUGGAGAUGCUGAGCAGUCCCGAUCCCAUCGACUUCACCAUUAGCGAGAAGGUGCUACACACGCCUCACAAGCACAGCAAGCACGCUACCCAGCCCGCCCUCUCCGCUGCUGCUGUUCAUGCGACCGAAAAGUCGCGCAAGCGAGGCCGCACACAGGGCAAUCGCCGCUCGGACCUGCAGGAGGAAGUGCGUCUGGCGUUGGAAGAAGCGCAGGACGAGUUGAUGGAC